AUGUUGGAGGAAAUUAGGAGAAAAUUAAUGACUAGAACUGUGGAUAUGGUUAAGUUUGCUGACACAUGGAUAUGUGCUAUUGCACCUAUGGCUAGACUUAUGUUGGAGGAGAAUAAGGAAAAGUCUAGGGCAUGCAAGGUGCUGUGGAAUGCUGAUGUUGGAUUUGAGAUUGGAGAAGGGCAGUAUAGGCAUACAGUCAACUUGACUAAUAGAGUUUGUAGCUGUAGAACUUGGCAAUUGAGAGGUAUUCCAUGCCAACAUGCUAUUUCUGCUUUGUAUCACAUAGAACAGGAACCUGAACCACUUGUGGAGCAUUGGUAUAGGAAGGAUACAUUCUUAAAGGCUUAUAGUCAUUUUAUUCAACCAAUUUCAAAUAUGAAGAUAUGGCCUGAAACUAACAAUCCAAGGAUUGAGCCUCCUGAACCUUAG